CCAGGCCGUCAGUAACUUUUUUUUAUUUUUUAGUUUUUUUUAAGGACUCCUUCAGUGUAUUUUAGUACUUUUUGGCUCAAUAUGAAAUGUUUACAGCGAUAAACAUAUGGAAAGAGGAACGUAGUACAAUGGAUAUUAUGGUUGACGGCCCCCGAGCCGCUCAAGUGGCCGGGAUACUACACGAGAGAGAUAUCCCAUUUUCAAUAGCCGUACCAGAUGUAGCUUCACUGGUUGAAAGGGAACAGGGUAACAGUAUCACAAGAACUAUCAGAAAAAACUCUGGACCGAAUAAGACAAUGGACUGGAUGAACUAUCACCGACUUGAAACUAUCUACGCGUUCAUGGACAACUUGGCAGCACAAUAUCCGUAUUUGUGUACAAUCAGUGUGAUUGGGAAGUCUGUGGAAGGCAGAGAUUUAAAGGUGCUGAAGAUAUCGAAUGGCAAGUCAAACAACGCCGGCGUGUGGCUGGAUGGAGCCAUCCAUCCUCGCGAGUGGAUCAGCCCGGCUGUGGUCACGUUCAUCGCUGACAAGAUCGUCAGGACAUUCAAUGAAAUGCCGGAAAGCGUCACCAAUAAAGACUGGUAUAUUCUACCAGUGAUGAAUCCAGACGGCUAUGAAUAUACUCACACACAUGACAGGAUGUGGAGGAAGAACCGCGCGCGAUAUGGAGAAUGCAUUGGUGUCGAUCUCAAUAGGAAUUUCAGCUACGGUUUUGGCGAGAAAGGAGAAGAAGGUUCAUCGGAUGAUCCUGGUAACGUGUUCUACAGAGGGCCAAGUGCCUUCUCGGAACCCGAAACUGCCGCGGUCAGGCGCGCGAUACUGGAUGCGCCGUGCAGCUUCAAGGUGUUCCUGUCUUUCCACAGCUACGGCGAAGUCAUCAUCUUCCCCUGGGGUUACACCAGUGAUCCUUGCCCCGACUAUGUUGAGCUCCUGGAGGGAGGAACUGCUAUGGCUAAAGCUAUCCACAGCACGAACGGCCACACAUACAAGGUCGGCAGCACCAAAGACCUGAUGUAUUACGCAGCCGGCACCAGCAUCGACUGGAGUUACGCCGUCAACAACAUACCAUACUCCUACAUGGUGGAACUCCGAUCCAAAACCCACAGGUUCCUUCUCCCCAAAGAAGAAAUCGUUUCCACUGCCACAGAAGUCCUAAAUGGAGUGUUGAGGCUUAUGGACUUUGUGGACAGGCGAUGUGCAGGAACCCAGUCAUGCGCCUGUCCAAAAUGA